AUGCCAAGGCCAGGGCCAAGACCUUAUGAGUGUGUGAGGCGAGCUUGGCACAGCGAUAGACACCAACCCAUGAGAGGUUCUAUCAUUCAGCAGAUUUUCAGGGUCGUCAGUGAGGUUCAUGGCUCCGUGACUAAGAAGAACAAGGAAUGGCAAGAAAAGCUACCUAUGGUGGUUUUUAAAGCAGAGGAAAUUAUGUAUUCCAAAGCCAAUUCAGAGGCUGAGUACAUGAAUCUUGAAACGCUAUGGGACAGAGUAAAUGACGCCGUUAACACAAUUAUCCGGCGAGAUGAGGGCACUGAAACCGGAGAGCUUUUGCCGCCUUGUGUUGAAGCUGCCCUUAAUCUGGGUUGCAUUCCAGUAAGAGCUUCAAGAAGCCAACGCCACAGUAAUCCAAGGAUUUACCUCACUCCAAGAGCACAAGAACCCCUUUCUGCUCCCACUAGGAUUUUGGAUAGAACUACUGAUGAAAGACGCCCUCAGUUUUCUCCACACCACUCUGGCAAUCAAUUGAACUUUGCAAAAGCCUCAACUGGGAAUUCUGCACAUUCGGUCCCAGAAUCAUACAGCCGCAUCAACCAAAAUACUAACCUUAAUAGCCGUCAGAAUUACCCCUUUUCACUUGAGAAUCUUCCUGCUGGCCAUAACCAGUUAACAACAAUGUCAACCAACAACUCCUUGGACUUGGGUUCAGUAUAUCCAUUAUAUUAUGGAACUCACUAUCAAUCCGAAGAGUGCCAGGUAGGUCCUCAGGUCCCAGAAAACACACAUUCUAGGACUAUAUAUGUUGGCAAACCAAUUGUUUCCUCGAUUGCGGAGCCUACUAAGCACAACCUUUUCUCCUCUCAAACUGCUGAAAAUGUGUCACACAGAAUCACACAAGUAGAAGUCCAUGAUAAGCCACUAGAAACGGAAUGUGAUUUAUCAUUGAGGUUGGGUCCGGUCUUGCACCGAUGUAUUCAAAGAAGUUUGGCCAGUGAAACAGAAGAUAUUGGUUCGAGCAGUUCUCAAGAUGGGGGAAAAUUAAAUGAUUUGUCACCAUCGAUAAGUAAGGAAAUCUGUUUCUUUCCCACAAAGACUGCUUGUGAUCGCUUUGAGUCCACUUCAAGUAUGUGGAAUUCAGAGGGUGAAGGUCGGAGUCCGGAGGCAACUGUAAGGAAGCGCAAGGCACCUUUUUGUAGCAAUGAAGAGGAUGGGAAAUUUUGUGGGCAACCACAUGUCCUGCCCAACAGAUUGGCUGAUCGAACUACAGGGCCUGGUUUGUAG